GCCAUAUUGAACGAAAUGUUGACUGCAGCAGCGCGGUGAUACGUGUUUACGCGGUACGCGGCUGAAACCUCUGUUCCCGUGCCUGCGAACGACGAAAAAAACAUCCAGCAGAGAGUAAAAAAAAAGAAUCUCCUAUCGAUUGAAGUGUUUUAAAACAUUAACCAUUUUUGAGGCACAAUCAACAGGACAGUCAAUCGUGUUGGCGGUAUUUUUGUUAUUUAACUACGUAUUAUUAAAGAAGGUGUAUUUAAGCAUGAGUGGUAGCGACGACACGGAUAGUCAGUGCGACAGGACAAGUGAAACAAACGGUGUUACAAUGGGUGACGUCCUGGCAAAGGAGACCAAUGAUAAUGAUUCACAGGACGACAGUAAUGAGUCUGAUGAUGAUCCAAUCGAACAGGAUCAGCGACAAGAUGCUGAUGGUGAACCUGAUGCCCUUGACGUUGUCCCUGAGAAUUUUUUAUCCGAGCCAGUACAAAUGGGAGGCGUCGAGAAAUUCACUUCGUCUGAUGAGCAGAGGCUAAGUGCGACGAGAACGGUUGAUAAAAAAUCGAGUAACAGGCAUCCUGACAAUUGUUCCUGUGAAUCCUGCACGUUUGAGAGAGCAUUCGUGAAGGAAAAACUGGAAACAAUAUGGAGGUGGCAAGCUCAAGGAUUAAGGAUCAGAAAAUACAUACGUCGUCUCUUCGACGUGGCCAUCGGAUCUUCAUAUUUCAAUAACAUUAUAAAGUAUGAGGGUGAUCCUCAAGAGUAUGCUGAACUACAAAGAAUUGUUGAAGAGUUAUCGAGGGAUCACCCACAUAUAUUAUUUCUGAUGCUAGUAGUGCAAGCCCAACAAUUUGUAGUGGAGCUUAAGAUUAGAAUAAUGGACCCCGUACGAGACAACAACCUCGCAAAGAUAGCUGAAGUAUUUCUGACCAGACUAUUAAACGGUUACGAUAUCCUGAUUAUCACAGCAGAACAAGUUUCGGAGUUGAUAAAGCCCCUGGAAGAGCAUCACCUGAGUAAGUUCAACCUCACCUGGGAGUUCUUCAAUAAAAAGCUCUACCAGAACUACAUUUACUUUUAUGAGCCAACAAUCCGCGAUAUUCUCCCCUCCGUAGUUGGUCAGCUUCGCAAGCCCCGAAAAGGAAAAGGUUUCGAAGUACUUCUGAAACGCUAUCUGGCAUUUGUUGAUGAAAUGAUGGGGAUAGCGGGUCUUUGGCCUGAAAAAGAGCACCUCAUCGAUAAAUAUUCUGCUGAGCAAGUGGCUGAAAUAAUGAAAAAUCAAAAAAUUUAUAAACGAGAUUGGACACUGCGUACAUUGGCUGAAAUUCAAAAAGUGGAUAAGUCUCGAACCGUAGACGUACCAGGUGUAGGUUUGCAAGAGUUUGUACAAGGUUCGUUAUUCGACAAGGUGGUUGAAGCAUUAAGGGACACACUCGUCAUUGACUUAGUUCGAAAAGACCUUGAUGUUUGGGGUCAAAAAGUGUACCAGAUUAUGGCCCAAGGUUACCUGGCUGUUUACACCCUCUUCCUGACUGAGAAAGAGCAUGACAGGUUACAGGGUCGUCCAGUGGAAGAUCCAGGCUUUUACUUUGGCUAUCAAGUGGCAGCAUGGUUAGUCCUCUCUCGACCCACUGAUCAUGUCACCCAAAUCGAUACCGACUGUCCGACAUGCGACGAUGCCUCCUGGGUAUCGUAUCUUGUCUUGAAUGGACGGACAAAAACAGGAGCCUGUGCACAUCCCAUUCUUCAGUCAAAUGGUAAAAUUUCUAUUUCAUCUGCAGUGGAGGAGCCAAUUGAAAAGAAACUCAGUGAUAAGAAACGAAGAGGCUGCAUGUGCAUCUACAGACAUCUUGGAGAAUGGCAGGGCUCCUGCUGGCGAGGGCUCCUUCCUUUUCCUCCCUGUCUCUGCAUGCUCUACCUGAGACAGUUCUCCGAGAGUGCAUGCCCCUGUUUGCGUGAUAGUGAUGUACGGACUGGGCGGAAAAAAUCAAAAUCCGAGAGCCCUUCGAGUCUGGUACCUCCAAAGGAAAUUCCAGAUGCUGUCAAUCCAUCGAAUCCUGUCAAGUCUACUUCUAUUCAGACUCAGACGAGGCAUUCAACGACACAGACACCAUCGACAUCUCACAAUCAUGGUCAUUCAGAGAGAUGUCCCACUCAUGGACAUUCUCACCCACCUUUAUCCGAUCAUGUUAAAUCGUUACCCUCAACACAUCGUCCGCACAGUCACACAAAUCAUAAUACUCAUAGUAAUCAUUCUUGCCAAAAACAGACUGAUGUGGAGCACAUUAAACGAGUUACAUCUAGCGAGUUCAGCCAGACGGACGGGGACUGCUCGGACUCAGGUAGUAGUAAUGAGGAUUCCUGUUCUACCAGUAGUUCAACACCUAGGGAUUUUAUUAGACAUUGUGAUUGUUGUUACUGUGAGGUUUUUGGUCAUGGAAUUCCUUCAGUUGCUCCAGUCAGUCGCAACUACAACGAGAUGAGGGAGCGACUCAGACAGUUAUUGACGAAAAAAAAAGCGAAGUGUAAGGCGGGAUGUAGUUCACCUAUGAGUCCAGCUGAGUCUGUACCAUCUUCAAAUGCAACUUCGGAUCAUAAUUCAAUGUCGAUAAACUCAGGAGCUAGAUCAAAUACACCUGUUUCAGUUACGUCUACCAAUCUACUUGAACACAGGGAUCAGAGGGAUCUUGAUACUCUAUUGGAGUUUAUUGAAGGUAGUCAAUCUGGUAAAAAUAAAAAGGAUAAUAAACGAAGUGAAAAAAAGGCUAGACAACGUCAGAAGAAACUCGAGGAAGCUAUGCAAUUAGAAAAACAGGAACAAGAACGACAAAAAUUGAUUGAAAUACAGAAGAAGACACCUGAGGUAACGAUAACAGUUGUGGAUCCACAGAAACCGAUAACUCAGAAAUUUUUACGCAACAGAAAUCUACCGGAAGUAUCGAUACUGCCAGCUGUGAUGCCUCAAUCACAGGCCCAACCACCUAAUAAGAAAAAUAAGCCGGAGAAUGUUAAAACGAAACAACAACAAAAUUCCAUUCCUCAGAACGUUCCCACGUUUGUUAGUACUGUUAAAUCGAAACAGAUCCCUAAAGGUAAUAGUGACAAUCCACCACAGACAAAGGGCAAAUCGAAAGGAAAAAAGAAAGCCCCACCCACUCCUGAACCAGAACCCGAGCCUGAGCCCGAACCUGAACCGGAGGUUCCGCUUACUAAGAAGGAAAGGAAAAAAUUGCGAAGAGCAAUGAGAGCUAUGGAGGAGAAGGCUAAUGAAGAAACAGCACCAGUCAGUACUGAAGUCCCUCAGAUUGUCACUAUCAAGAGGGUCAUGGAAUCAAAUGGAGCUGAACCAACAGUCACUAUAACAUUGAAGGGUCAGACUCCAGCUGAGGACAAGGUUUUAUUUACUUUGGUCAAUGGACAGACGAAGGAGCCUUCUAAAGUCGAGAGUCAAGUCACUGGAAAAAAGAAGAAAAAGAAGAAUAAAGGAGGAGAUGUUAGUCUUAACAAUACUAAUCAGCAGAAGCAGCAACAAAGCAAAACACAACCGAUUCAAUCGAAUAUACAAUCCAAUCAGAAAGCUCAACCUAAGAAUGAUACGAAAAGUUCUAAACAACAGUCAACUACCGAAAAGUGCAAGAAUAAUGGAAAGCAGAAUGAGGAGAAGAAAUUGCAACAACAAAAUGUCGAGAUUUUGAGCAAAAAAUUGAAGAAGAAUAAGAAUAAUGCCGAGAAUAAACAACCGGUUAUUCAGCCUCUGAGUGCUACGAAUGCUCAACAGGUAAAGGGUAAGACUCAACAGCAGGAGAACAGUGCAGGGAAAAAAAAGAACAAGUCUCAACCUUUGACCGAGAGUAAAACGGUAAAUACUAGUCAGCAGAACGUGAAUACGACUUCAGUACCUUGUGGUAAGAAAAAGGCUCAGCAACAUCUGGAGAAGAACACUCAGGCUAAUCAGAAGACUCAACAGGCAGCUUCAAAGGGAAAGAAUAAUAAUUCAGGGAAUGAUAAGCAAGUGGGAAAGGUGGAUAAUCAGAAGAAUCAAGGGAAAUAUACUCAAGCUACCUCAAAACCUCGAAUUAAUGGAGAUAAUCAAGCAUUAACGUCAUCGCUUGGGAGCGAACUCAAGGAUGCAAGUUCCAAAAUUAAUAUUGAAAAUCUCAAACUACCACCUGGCAUUACGAUAACAAAAGUCGAUGCACCGCCAAAGCCACUUCCUAUUAAGACAGCACCGUUGCAGAAACCUCCACAACAGAAGCAAGCGACAAUUAUUGCAGCUCCAAUGACUGGGCUACAAUCUAAUUACGGUGGAUCACAAUCGGGGGGCAAUGUCAUCGUGGUGGAUACUGGGAAGCUGAAACAGGAAUUAUUACCCAAGGGCUCGGAAAAAGGAUCUACUCAGCAGUCUCAGCCCACGACGACUGCCAGUAAGAAGAAAAAGAAGAAGAACAACGCAUCGAACGCCACCAAUAACUCACAAAAUUCAUCCAAUGAAUCACCGAAAGACUCCCAAACUGACCAGGCAAAGAUUCUCCACAAUCCAACCACAAACAUGGUAACAAUUCGUAAUCCAGCAUUUGCACCAUCUCCGAAGCUGGAGCCAACUCAACAGGCAGCAAUAAUAAAAGUAUCUGAGAAUGGAAUGGUGACGAUAAGAAGUCCAGCACUCCAACAAGCUAUUAACGCUGGAUUAACACCACCACCAAAACCGGAUUUUAUCGUAAAAGGUGAUUUAACAACAACAAGUGCUAAUAGAACAUCACUAUUAUCACCACCAACAGCAAGUAAAAGUGCAAAUGGUCUUGUACCGUCGAGUCUCGCUGAAUUAAGAAGUCGUUUGACACCAGAUUGUACUGGUAUUCAGGGUCUUGCUAACAUUCACAUAAGUAAAGUAACAAAUGGACAACCGAUACCGGAGAAUGGAAUUAAUCUAAAAGGUACCAGUGUUACUUUGACUAAAGUUCAAACACCAGAUCCAGUAAAAUGGGAUGAUACGCCACAAAGUCAGGCAACAACUAGUGGAAAAGGAAAGAAGAAGAAGAAAAAAGGAAGUGGUACGAGACAGUGCGGCGAUGACUGGAAUCUCGUUGAAAGCGUAUUCACCCCAAAAGAUAUAGAGGACGGUGAAAUGGAUGAUGCUGAGCGUGAAUUGGAGGCAUUCAAGCGUUUCUGUCUUCAGUCAGUGCCACCGCCACGAAAAGAGAAGGUCAAUCUCAACUUAAAGGACAUUGUACUCAAGAAGAAAUCCUCAUCAUCAGCAGCGGCUGCUGUUAUCGCUGCUAAUUAAAUUUCCAUGAUAAUUCCAACGAAUAACGGAAAAUUAAUGGCAAAUACUGACAUUGUACACACACACUGCGUUUAAAAAAAUACUGCCACUAGUUGGUAGGUUGUCAUUUAUCGUUUAUUUCUAUUUGUAAGAAUGAAGGCCGAGGAAAAAUACUGAAAUCACUCGAAUUUGAUAAAAAAAAUUUCCUGGUCAUUCUUCGAUUAGCGACAUACGACGGCUAACGAUUAUUCUAUUUAUAUAAAUAUUUCAGUGAAUGAGAAAUACUAAAUCAAUUGAAAAGAUAAUGACGAAGUUCACAUGCAUUAUUGAGAGAGAAGAAGACAAACUCAUCGUGCCUGUUGUCGCCGUUGACGUUUGCUAAAAUAAAUGAAAUUAAGUUAA